GUUUAUAACUUGAAUUUUCAGUGAGCUGGCUGCAGCUCCCAGAAUUGUAAAAUUAAAGUCUGGGAAACUCCUCAGGGUAGCUAAUUUUUGAAUUGAAGGUUGCCCUGGAGAGUCACAACAAAAUAAAAGGCAAUGCCCUUGAAAGAUUGAUUCCAGGGUUUGAUCUUUAGGACCCUUCUGUCAGCAAGCAACCCAAGACACGUAUGACAGGUCAUUAACAGCUUGUAAAACAUGCUUAUUUCUCAUCCCAACACGCAAUGGAUUGCUGGUGCCUCUUUUGAUAAAGCAGUCAAAUUGUGGAGUGGAAAAAUUUGGUGCUGCAUUUUGUGGUCAUAUUGGGCCUGUUUAUCAAAUCAGACCUUAGGCUUCUUUUAAGGAGGACCAAAGACUCCACCUUUAAGGUGUCCCCUACAAAUUUUUGAAGAUGUUACUGAGAUAAUUGACACUUUCCAUUUCUUACAAGAUUUUAGAAACUUAUACUUAGAGGCAGUACAGAAGCAACAGGACUGAGUUUCCCAUUUUCUAGGUUUGGGUUAUAAAAACACAAAAGUUAAAACAACACCUUCCGACCAUGCAGAUGAGGUAAUGAAAAAUAAAUCAUGUUUAUAGCCGGAGAAUGCAAAAAGCGAGUGCCCCUAGCAGUGCUCUUUUCAGUAAAAGGCCGAAGAAUGGUUAGCUCUGUGCUCACUGCGUGGCUGCGUAUAAAUCAUGUUUAUAGAAGUCAAGAUUUACCGUGAGUGGCAGUUAUUCUCAAGAAAGCGCGUUACUUUUGCACUGCGAUAGGGUUGAAAUUUAACCACAUUAAUUGACUUCUGACCGCAUCUUUGCUCUUUUUCCACACGUAAAUACAUAAAGAUGAACAAC